UCCCGGUUCUCGGAUCGGACGCCGGCCCGCGCGCCGCCCCGGGGGCUUUGGCCUGCGGCUCAGCGGGGUCUGCUGGCUGGGGCCGCGGCUCGCGUCCUCGACUUCUUUUUUUCCGUCCCGCGCGGCAGGGCGGGGAGCGGCCCGGCCCUCGUGCUGGGGCAGGCGGAGGCGCGGGGCGGGGGCCGCUGCCUUUUUGCCGGCGUCCGGACCGGCCCGCGCCUUCGCAGCGUGUUCUCUCCAUGCAUCCGGAGCCCGCCCCGCCCCCGAGCCGCCACAGUCCGGAGCUUCCCCUCAGCAGCGGCAGCACCACCAGCGGCAGCCGCCGGAGCCGCCGCAGCGGGGACGGGGAGCCCUCGGGGUCCCCGCCGCCGCCAGCCGCCGUCAGCUACCCGGACUGGAUCGGCAAGAGUUACUCCGAGGCGAUGAGCCUCAACGAGCACUCGAUGCAGGCGCUGUCCUGGCGCAAGCUCUACUUGAGCCGCGCCAAGCUCAAAGCCUCCAGCCGGACCUCGGCUCUGCUCUCCGGCUUCGCCAUGGUGGCCAUGGUGGAGGUGCAGCUGGACCCUGAGCACGACUACCCCCCGGGGCUGCUCAUUGCCUUCAGCGCCUGCACCACAGUGCUGGUGGCCGUGCACCUGUUUGCACUCAUGAUCAGCACCUGUAUCCUCCCCAACAUUGAGGCCGUAAGCAACGUGCACAACCUCAACUCAGUCAAGGAGUCGCCCCAUGAGCGCAUGCAUCGCCACAUUGAGCUGGCCUGGGCCUUCUCCACCGUCAUAGGCACGUUGCUUUUCCUCGCCGAGGUUGUGCUGCUCUGCUGGGUCAAGUUUCUGCCCCUUAAGAAGCAGUCGGGGCAGCAGCGCCCCACUUGCAAGCCCCCGUUGGACAACGUGGCCUCCAACAACAGCUCUGGCAUCACCCCAGGCCAGGCGGCGGCCAUCGCCUCCACCACCAUCAUGGUGCCCUUUGGCCUGGUGUUCAUCGUCUUCGCUGUGCACUUUUACCGCUCCUUGGUCAGCCACAAGACGGACCGGCAGUUCCAGGAGCUGAGUGAGCUGGCUGAGUUUGCCCGCCUGCAGGACCAAAUGGACCACAGAGGGGAUCACCCCCUGACACCCGGCAGCCACUAUGCCUGAACCCUCUGCAGCCCUCCCUCAGGGCUUUGGCCUGGCUCCCUUCCCUGUGACCUUGCCCUGCCACAGCCUCAAGGACCGCCUGGGCGGGGAGCUGGGCUUCUUCAAGGGGUAGAGGGAAAAGGCUUUUUGUAAAAGAGAUGGCUACAUUUUGAAACUUUCCUCGAAGUCAGAGGAAAAGCACUUGCUGGUGUUGCAACUCCAGGCCCGCAUAUUGGGAGGAGCAAGGGAGGGCUGGUGGAGAGCCAGGAGAAUCUGCCUAGUCCGCCCCAUUCCCCGUGCCAGUAGCACCUGGGUGCUCCCUGCCCCUUCCAUCUUGACUGCCUUUCCCCUUCUGCAUCGAGCGUGUGCAUGUGUGUGUGUACACAUAAAUAUAUUCCUAAGGGA